CAGAGGAAGACAAAAUUCUGUCUCUGGAACUUUCUGUACAGGGCUACGUUGCAAGAAGAUAAGAAUACGCGAUGAGUAAUGUAGGUCUGUUAAAAUAGGACAUUUCCUUCGAAGAUUUCAGUGUUAAGACUCGAUACGCGCUGUGUGUUGUACAGACAGACAUGUUAUACUCCAAUGUUAAAUGAUGGGAUGCUGUUCUUGCUAACGCAACUAGGGGUUGGCAAAUACAUUAGCCAGCUAGCGUAGCUCCCUUUAGAGAGCUUUACUAUCGGCUUGGCUUCAAGGCAGCUAACUCGCUGGCUUAAUACCUGACAGCUGUUUGUGUUUACCUGUCUCCUAAACCUUUACACGGAACCAGUUUAAACUGCUGGAAGUAUAUUAUUUGUGAUCUCAGAAUUCAGGCAGUUAACGUCGCAGUGCUUCUUGACAUGGCAUCGGACUGAGUGUAAGUGACUCAUUGCCUUCUAUAAUUAGUAGAUUGGAAAUCCGUGAUAGCAUUUGUGAUGGGUAAAGAUUAUUACAAAGUGUUGGGAAUUCAAAAAGGUGCGUCGGAGGAUGAAAUCAAGAAAGCCUACAGAAAGCAGGCAUUACGAUACCACCCAGACAAGAACAAAUCGCCCGGAGCAGAGGAGAAAUUCAAAGAGAUUGCCGAGGCCUACGAUGUCCUAAGUGACUCGAAGAAAAAGGACAUUUAUGACCGAUAUGGAGAAGAAGGUCUGAAAGGAGCUCCCAGUGGCGGAGGCCCCAAUGGCCCCACCUACAACUACACCUUCCAUGGCGACCCGCACGCCAUGUUUGCUGAGUUCUUCGGCGGCCGCAGCCCGUUCGACCAGUUCUUCUCCUCGCACGGACACGGUGGUGGAGGAGGAGACGAUGACAUGGACAUUGACGACCCGUUCGCCGCCUUUGGCAUGCCCGGCAUGGGCAUGGGGGGCUUCCAGCGCUCCUUCAAGUCGCGGCCGGGCAGCGUGCACGGGGGCGUGCAUGGGGGCCGCGAGAAGAAGAAGGACCCGCCCGUCAUCCACGAACUGAAGGUGAGCCUGGAGGAGGUGUUCUCCGGCUGCACCAAGAAGAUGAAGAUCUCGCGCAAGCGGCUGAACGCUGACGGCUGCUCGAUGCGCAGCGAAGACAAGAUCCUCACGGUGGACAUCAGACGUGGAUGGAAGGAGGGCACCAAGAUCACCUUCCCCCGCGAGGGCGACGAGACGCCCACCAACAUCCCCGCCGACGUGGUGUUCGUCGUCAAGGACAAGGUGCACCCCGUCUUCCGACGGGACGGAUCGGACGUGGUCUACUCGGCCCGGAUAUCCCUCAAAGAUGCUCUGUGUGGUUGCACGGUCAGCGCCCCGACGCUGGAUGGCAGAACUAUCACUGUGACCUCUCGUGACAUCAUCAAGCCGGGCAUGAAGAAGCGCAUCGUGGGGGAGGGUCUGCCGCUCUCCAAGUGUCCGGAUAAGAGGGGGGACAUGGUGGUGGAGUUUGUGGUCAAGUUCCCAGACAAGCUGGGCCAGGGCACUCGCGAAGCACUCAGUCAGAUCCUCCCGCCGUGACGACAACGACGAGGACGACGAUGAUGCCUGUAGUGAAGGGGAGUAGAGUUGCCCCGCCGGGACUCAAACUCGGACCUGCAGCCAGCGGUCAGAGCCUCAGCUUGGUACCCCAGAAGGUCUGGGUUCCAGUCCUGGCGGGGCAACUCUACUCCCCUUCGCUACAAUGCCCUCAUGAUGAUGAUGUUGGGGUUGUGACGUGAUGUGAUGUUCAGCAUACGGGACGGCAGGAGAGGAGCUGCCAUCCCACACUAAAAACAAACUGCCUCAUCCCAGUAGCGCUCUUGCUUUUGCACCUGAUAUUCUGCUUUUCUUUUCUACGUAUGUACCAUUGAGAUCAAGUGAGAACUUUCUAGUGAACUUUGGGGAAAAAAGAAAAGUGCAACUACACAUGCACUCACACCUUCCUUUUUUUUAAAAAAAAGUUUUUAUUUUAUGUUAUUGUAUAUAACAUUUAUUUUGACCAUUUUAAUUUCCCUGCCACCCAUUAAUAACUUGAAACACUCACAAUCACUGUGAACAAUCUGAAGGGUCAUAGCAGACAGCAAUGCUGUGUUAUGUCUUAACCCCUAUGCAUCAGUAGUAGUCAUUCCCAUGUAGCUUCACAUUGCAGAUGGGACAGCAGUGCGAGUCCUAUGCAUCCCCUUGAUCAGUAGUUUAUUUCGCUGUAGAUAAUGCGCCGAUGACAUUUUUUGCGCAUUUCGAACAAACGCCAGACCUGGGGCAACCACUCCACUGAUGCAUGGAUAGGACACUUUCAGCCUUUGGUGACUACAAUGGGUGUUAUAGUAGCCAGCCAGUGAAAACAAAGCGUUUACAAACGGAGACCUAUGGGGGUAAUACUAAGAAUAUGUUUAAGUGAUAAACCAGGCUUGGGUAACCUGCAGGAAGUGGUGACCCUGCUAAUAGAUAUAUCUGAGAGCAUCAUUUAGCUAAGAAAAUGAGGACUCCAGGCACUGCUAUUAGAUGAUUUACCUCUACCACAAGGUUAACUUAACCUGGUUUACUACUAAACCAGCUUCUUAGUAUACCCUCAUGGUCUAUGAAUUCAGUUG